UAUCAUACCCACACAGAUUUCUAAAGAAUUAUUAAAUAGCAAAUACUAUUAAAACAAUAAAAUCAACAAUCAAACUGUUUUUCCAAGGAAAAGUCAGCUGCCAGGUGGGGCUCCUAGCCAGGCCUUGACAAACUGAACCUAGGGGGAGACCCCACCCGGGAAAGAAUAACCAAUAAACCCGUAUGGUCGGGUACCAGUACGAAGGAAGGGGAUCUUCUUGGCAGUUUUUGGGAGUUGCCAUCAAAACUGGCUCCCAAAGUGCAGCAGUACCAGUGACUGACCCAACCUCCCCGCUGUGUCUUCUCUUUCUCCUAGUCACUGUCGAGAAGUUCUGUGCACUGUCCAUGUGACCAGCAGUACUCUUACUCCUGCUCUUACUCAGCCAGGGUCACUACAAAUGUGUCCAGUGAAGGAGACCUGACCAUACUGGCUACAGACAACCGCUCUCUUAGCUCAGUCCACUGAUAUCCUGGAAGACACACAGUACUCAGAGUAUGUGUGUGUCUUUGUCCUGGUUCCUGGUUGCCUUGCUGUGGUUAUAUUCUCACACACGAGCAACAGCAGUGAGGUUUGUGCACUAUCCAAGACAGUGUGAGUAUGCGUGCGUGUGUGUCUGACAAUCAAUGGGCCUCCUUCACAAAGAUUUACAUAUGUGUGUGUGUCUGUGCUUGAAUUUCCAUAUAUUCAUCCUCAUAUCUGUGGGCUCUGUGUACUCAUUGUGAGGACUUGUGCAGGCGGGGACUAAAGGUCAAGAGUUUGAGACCAGUUACACCUCCUUUCCGGUUAGAACGUGAUGCCACGUUUGUGGCUGCAGGUAUCCCAUGUGUCACACUCCAAGCACUCCCCCAGUGACACGUUCCAUGUAAUCCUUAAAAAGUCAAAGGGCAGCUUCCUAUUUCAACUGAGGUGGGGCGACGACGGCAUUUCUGUGGUGGUAAGUCCACCAAAGUAUAUGUGGAGAUGAUGUGGUGAUGAUGAUGAGUGUUUUUUGGAGAUGUGGUGUAGAGAUGUAGUGAUUUUGUGGACAUGAUGAAAUCAAGGUGUUGUGGAGAUGUGACAAUAUAGCAAUGUACAGAUGAUGCUCUGAUGGUGUUUUUAAUGACAUUGUGCUCAUGUGGUGGUGAUGUGAUGAUGUGCAGUUGUGUGGACUAUGUGAUGUUGUACUGGUGUUAUGGAGAUGUGAUGGUAUAGAGAUGUGAUGAUGUAGGCAUCUUGUAGAGUGACAAUAUAGCAAUGUAAAGAUGAAGCUCUGAUGGUGUUUUUAAUUAUGCUGUCAUGUAGAAGUGAUGAUGACAUGCAAUUUUGUUGACUAUGUGGUGAUAUACUCAUGUUACGGAGAUGCAAUGAUGUUUUUAACAUUGUAAGUCACUUUGGAGAAACACGUGAGCUAAAUGAAUACAUGUAAAAGUAAUGAUGAAGUGGUGAUGUGUGAUGAUGUGAAGAUGAUGCCAUGAUGGAGGGACGAUGCAUUGAUAUGAUCAUGAUGCAGUGUCCUCAUGCUGUACUCCCAGUGCCACUAUGGUCCAUAUGUCUCAGACGUCCACUUGCUUCGCCCAGCCCCGUAACGACGGUAUUUUUCCGUGUUUAUUUUUAGCGCGCGAGGCGGGUGGGGGGGUCUCCAGCGUGUCACGAUGACGGAGACAGUGAGUGAACACACAUCACAGAGCGCGUUCACACGGCAGUGCUGUCAUUGAGUGACACGCGUAAGAACUGUACAAAGAGAUCAUGUCGCGUUUGAUUUAUCUGGACUUGCGCUGAUCAUCUCAGAGGCACAGGAGCUCGGAGGAUCUUCUGGGAUCUGACACCUUCUCCCUUUCUCCCGAGAGAUCGCCGCACGGUGAGUCCAUCAGUGCACAUAUCAGAAUGCCCACGUGGUGUUAUUUUGUGUCCAUCUCCCGACACCGCCCCUCGGGCGCGCGCUCGUAAAUGUCGCUUUAAACUUAGUAACACACUCUCACCGUGUCAUCAUGGCGGACCACGCGCUGUAAUGUCGCGUCGUACCCGUACCGUGUGGAAACGUGUAAAAAACGCUGUGCGUGGUGCCGGUCUGCGGGUUGCGAUGAUGCGCUGUUCGCUGCGCGGGGGGACGGAGCCGCGGCGGAUCGGCCGGGGUCCCAGGGGCACGUGACGGUAGGGACACGGGAGGAACAGAGAGAGACUCACAGUGAGGGACCCAUCAGGACGCGCUGCUGCUGCACUGCGGCGAUGACGACAUCGCUCCUUCACAUGGACGCGCACGAGCUCGGCAGGUAAGCCGGUCGGGACGUGUUCCGUUCUCAAACCGGGGCAGGAGGGGGCGGGGGGAAGCGGUCCCGGCGCGCGUUCCACACAGCCCUCCUCCAGCCGUAUCCUAGUAACGGACUGUUUGUUUGUUACCCCCGUGUGGCCCACGCGUGGCUGGGCGGGUCUCGGUGUGUCACCGGCCGGGACAACAGCUCGCCAUCUUGGACAGUCACACAGGGCACCUUCAGUGGGUGCUCAUCACUGCCUCCAGUUCUGUGUGUGUGAGAACACAGCGCAUGAUUUCAUUCCAGAGGAGAGGAUGAAGCGAACACAAUGACCGCAGAUGGCCUCUCCGGAUGUGGGGCCACAGCGCGCACGGAGGGCAGCGCAGAGCUGGAGACUGGAGAUGAAGGCUGCAGGUGGAUGGUGGACAGCAGGGUGGCGAGUGGACAAGGUGGAUGGAGAUGGAGGAGGCCUCCGGAGGUGCUGUACCUUGUGCCUGCCGUGUCCGUGUGGCUCGUGACUGGCACCACCAUCUCCAGCCUCAACAAGUGGAUCUUCACCGUGUACAACUUCCGGUACCCACUGCUGCUGUCGGCUCUGCACAUGCUCACGGCCAUCGUCGUGGACUACGGGCUCAUCAAGCUGCAGCUGGUACCCCACGUGGCGGCAGGGGACGGCCACCUGCGAGCCGAAGCCAAGUGCAAAGUAUUCCUCCUGAGCCUGACCUUCUGUGCCAGCAUUGCCUUUGGCAACAUGGGCUUGAGCUACGUGCAGCUCUCCUUCGCCCAGAUGAUCUACACGACAACACCCAUCUUCACCCUGGCCAUCUCCAGCCUGGUCCUGGGCAAACAGCAUCACAUCCUUAAGUACACAGCGAUGAUGCCCAUCUGCCUUGGAGCUUCCUUCAGCGUCCUUGGCGAGGUGCAGUUCGACCAGACGGGCUGCCUCUUCGUGUUGGCCGCCACCAUGCUCCGCGGGAUCAAGUCCAUCCAGCAGAGCAUCCUCCUGCAGGAGGAGAAGAUCCACUCGGUCUUCCUUCUCUACCUCAUGGCCAUCCCCAGCUUCCUGAUCCUGGCCGUGGCGGCGCUCGUGCUGGAGAACUGGGCCGGCCUCAAGUCGCCGCUGCACUACGACCGCUGCCUUUGGCUCUUCAUCCUGCUCAGCUGUCUCAGCUCGGUGUUGUACAACCUGGCUAGCUGCUGCGUGAUCACACGCACCUCCGCCGUCACCCUGCAUAUUCUGGGCAACCUGUCUGUGGUGGGCAAUCUGCUCCUUUCGCAGCUGCUCUUUGACAGCAAGCUGUCUGCACUCAGCUGUGCCGGUGUGGUCCUCACGCUCUCCGGAGUGCUCAUCUACCAGAACUCCGAGUACAUCGGCGGGUACUUAGACUCGCGCUGUAUGCGCAGUCCCUCCCCCGAGUCGGAUGGGGGGCAACAGGGCAUCAAGCCCCCAGGGAAAGUUGACUGAGGGUGCAUUGCGGGGGGCAUGGCCUGCCAGCAGUGCAUCAACUCCAUCACCUGCAGUACCAGCAGUGGCCACUAGGAGCUCCGAAGAGCUUGUUUGGGGAGCUGUUGAGAGGUGUGGUCUCACAGCACUCUUGUAUGUUUGGUACCUCUUAGUGGCUGCACUGCAGGUCGCACCAGACAGUGAAUUACCAGAGUACAGUCAUCUCAUCCUACCUGAUCACUGUAAAUUUCAACACUGUGAGCACAUGACAACAGGUGCCAUGGGGCAGGGGUAGGAAGUGAGAGUGUGGUUCUCUUCAAAGGACACUUGCUGUGUGUGAACGCUGGACUUUGAGGCAGCUUCUUAUGUGGACAUGGACCUAUUUUAAACUGAGUGUCUUCAUUGUCUACUUUAACGUCAACGGUUGUUUACAUGAGUGGUGACUGUUACAGAUUAAUGCAAAACAGGGUUUCAUUUUUGUUUGUUUGUUUGGCUUGUUUUCUUGCAAGGAGAUAGGAAGUGGGAUAUUCGUGGUCACGUCCGCUGCUGGAUACACUGCUGUGUUAAGGAGAAAUGUAUAAAGGGAGUGAUAGCUUUGCUAUCUGUGGUAAAUUUCCCAUCAUGUUGCACUCCUGUUGUCCAUCUUUAGCUUUAGCCAUUGUAAGGUGUGACAGAAGCUCACAUCUCAUGGUGUUAAACCAGAACUCAGUUUCCCAGCAUGCCUUCUGGCAGCCUUCCAUUUCCCAGGAUUCCUCACAGUGAUGCUACAAGCUUUCAUUUGUCAGCAUACUUUGUGGCAUCACUCUAGUCCCCUGUCUCCCAGAAUGCCUUGCGUCGACCCGUUGUUAAGACUGGUGUCAGUGCCACACUGGUGGAUGAACCAUGUGUAUCAUCAGCAUGUGACCAUGGCAUGAGUUGCUAUAAGUCGCUAAAUUUUCGCACAAAACCUAGGAUCUCUUCCAUCCAUUAUAGAAAAAAAUGUUUGCACCUUUGUGAUUAUUUUUGUGUUUUAUGUUCUUAAUUUUGAUUUGCUCCCCUUUUUUGCCUUGUUUUGCAUUACAGAAUUCCUGUGACAUCACUUGGGGAAAUGACCAGUGGUGUGAAAUGCCAUACCUCAAAGAAUCAUAUGUCAAUAUUUAUUUUACACUUGUUCAAAGAUACUGUUUGCAUAUUAACACUGUAUAAUAUGACACUGUUUAUAUUUAACGAUAUGAUAUAGCACAGUUUAUGAACUGGAAGGUUCGGUUAACUGGGUCUGUCAGGUCUCACAGGUAUGUUCUGAAAUGUCAAAGUGUUGGUUAAACUCCCGCCUCACAGGGGUCAUGACCAAAAAGGUUCAGCUGAUCAAAUGUAAUGUUUGGGAGUGUGAUCAGAACUCUGUAUGUUUUUCUGUCUCAGGGACCGUAGAUAGCGAUGGGUCUUAGUGUACAGCGUACCAAUCCUGCUGGUUCUUGCUGCACAGUGGACCAGUCAGAAUGGAUUGUGGUGCACUGUGUACCAGUCACAAUUGCUCUUGGUGCCAGUGGACCAAUCACAAUGGUUCUUGGUGUACUGUAGACCAGUCGUGAUGGUUCCUGCUGCACAGUAGAUUAAUUGGGAUGGGUCGUGUGUACCACUCACAAUUGUCCUUGGUGCACAGUGGACUAAUUGCCAUGGCUCGUGUUGCACAGCGGUCCACUCAUGAUGGUUCUUGUUGCACAAUGGGCCGAUAGCGAUGGUUCUUACUGCACAGUGAGCCGAUUUUGUAGGUUAGAUCAUAGCUCACAGUGGACCGAUCCCACUGGCUCUGGGUGCGGUGCGGGUUUCUCUAAUUGGACUUUCUGUGGACAGGCUGCUCACUAGACAUUUACUGUGCCAUUUUGACCGCACCAGGCUGAAGUUCAUCCUAAGUUAAAGUAGCAUCUAACUGAAAGGUUAUAUUUUCUACCUGCAGUUUUCUGAGCUCAUCAGUGCUGUUGAGAUUCAGCAGGUCAUAAAUAGGAAUGUAAUUAUUUUACUGUAAUUUAUUUUUUAAAAAAAGUCUUUAAUCUUUCCCAUAUGUUACUAUGAAGCCAAGUUUUAUUGUUACUGGGAGAACAGAAGCCAUGUGUUAUGAAGGAAAAUGACAAAUGUCAAUUUUACAAUGGUGGAAAAAAGAUAUUUAAAUACAGUAUUAUUUGA